CACUUCAGUGCCGUCCUUUGUUUUUCUUUCAAGUUGAAUUUUAGCUUCAAAUCUUUAAGGGCUGUGGCCAAAGCCGAGUCGAAAGAUAACUGUUUAUUGUGCGCCGGUUGUUUCUGUCAGAAUCAUCGCGCCUCUGUCGUCACUUCGUUACGCCCGCCUUCUGACUCUACACUUCAUGGUGAUUGGUCCGGCCAGUUUUAGGAGAAUCCAGCCUCGAGCCUUAUGGAGGAUAACUAGACCCACCCUGGCAGAGAAUUAAAUUCGUUGCCGUGGGUUGUCUAGUGCGGCUAGGCUACCAUUAUUGCUGAUUUACCCAGAAAUUGACUGAAUCCCAGCAGCAGUUUCAGCUUCUGACCACUAGAGGGAAAUAUUACAAUAAAACUUCGAGUCAGAAUGACUAAAGAUUUUUUUUUUAAUCCAUUCAAUGAUUGACAGAAACGGUAUUUUUUCCAGUGUGUAGAGGUGAUUUUUCAAUCUAAAAUGUUAUUUAGGCUCAUUAUCUGGCCCAGUGGCUUUACUGUGGCUCCUGUACUGAGUAAUCUAAGGGGAGUGGCAUUUCAAGGAAAGUACAAACUGAGAUGUGUCUGUGUGCCUGGCAGAGAGAGAUAGGAGUGAGAGAUGGCGUCGGUUUAUGCUACGAAGACCUGACCUGCUCUGUUUGUCUGAGCAUCUUCACGGAUCCAGUGACUCUGCCUUGUGGACACUCUUUCUGCAGACAGUGUGUCACAGAAGUCCACAGCUGUCCCCAGUGUCGGGCAGCUCUUUCAACAGAAGCCAAGUGUCUCCUGACCAGUGUCAUUCUGAAAAGCCUGGUCGAGAAGGCCAAAGAAGCAGAGAAGAUGAAGGAAGAGGAUAGAAGUGGGAAAGCAGAGGUUCCUGACUUGUGCCCCGAACAUGGAGAAAAGCUGAAGUUGUUCUGUGUCACAGAGCAGCAGUUAGCUUGCAUCAUAUGCAGAGAUGGGGAGAGGCAUGAAGGACACAAGUUUAAGCCUAUCAAAGAAGCAGCUGCAUCACUGAGGAAGGAGUUGGAGAUGUUUGUACAACGUAUGUCAAAUAAUAUCCAUGCUAUAGAAAGCCUGGCCAACACACAGAGGAAAGAAAUAACAAAAACCAAAAAGACGUCUGAGCAGCUGAAGACCCAAAUCAGAAGACAGUUUGAGGAGAUGCACCAGUUCCUGAGAAGGAGAGAAGAUGAGAUAAAGACCGAGCUGAAACACAAGGAGGAAGACAGUAUAGAGAAGAUGAGCUUAAAGAAACGGCUUUAUCUGAGAGGAAAGAGACGGAGGUCAAAGCAACCUGUAUUCGGGAGAUCUCAGACUCAGAAAUUUCUAGAGAGCUGGAGUGAAGGCAAGAGUAUGAUGACCACAGAAGAGCCCUUUCAGCCGCAGACUGAGACCACUGAGGUGAAGCACAGAACAUCACAGGAGCCGGCUACAAACUUCCUCCACUUCACUGAAAUUGUAGACAGACAUUUUCACUGCAGGGUUCACAGAAAUGCUGGCAACACUUUAAAAGAGUUCAUUCACUAACACUAGUGCUCCUUAAUUAAGGUGACAACUACUUCCAUUAGUAAAUUGUUUAAAAAAAAAACAUUUUAGGACAUUGUAUAAAUUUAAAAAUCUACAUCUUUUACCCUCACCUUUGAUGGUAAGCCGGACCACAGACCUGUUCAGCCUCCUGUAAGGACACAUUUUCCUGAACAGACAGACCGUACAUGAUUUCUAAACAGCAUAAACCAGUUCACAGCAGAACAAGCCAUGUUAGACAGGUGCAUACACAAGUAGUGUCAUGAAAGGUGCUAUUUAUUUAGAAACAGAAACAAUUAUUCUCUGGAACUCGAGUAUUCUUUUAAAACACAGAAACAAAAUGUUAUGUCCAUUCAUAAUAUUAUGAACAAAGGACUUCAGUGAAUCUUUUGACUCAGUCUGCAAUGAUGAGAAAACAGGAACAUUUUCAAAGUACCACUAAAUGCUGCUCAGCUCCCUUUGACUGGACAAUGAAGUCCAGCAGUCAGUGACAGUCUGCAUGUGGAGUGGAACUUCCCGAGUGACGGCUCUUUGUCUUGGCCAUCUGUAAACUGGUUUAAGGGUUCCCUGGAGCAAACAUCUGGCUUCAUCAGUCCAAAAAACAAACCUCUGGUCAUGUCUUUCAAACAACACUCAUCUAAGAUACUGAAUGGGAAAAAGCUAAUGCACUGGUGAACAACUGACAUGCAUAAAAGACUGCCAUCCACAGUCUGAUGAACUUAAUGUAGUUACCAGAUGUUCUGCAGGCUUGGUACUGAUAGUGUGUUGUCAGUUUGUAGAAGUGGAAGUGAACCCCUAACUUGCCACUAAAAUGAAU